GGACCUAACGUUUAAACCUUGCCUCAUUUUUGCCUAAUUUUUAGAAAAGCCCUGAUGAUUUAUAUAAUUUCAGCUAUGAAAUUUGUGAUAUAGUGAAAAAUUUUUUUCAGGUCGAAACAAUCGGUUACUUAAGCAAGCAAUACAGGGGAAAAGAGAUAAAGAGGGAGUACUGAAGAAAAGCGCCAAAGGUCUCCUUUUUCACCUACCUUGAUAAAAUAACGUGAAACUCCAACUCGUUGUCACUCUAUUUUUGAAAUGUCGCAGAAUUGUACACUUUUCGCUUAAUCGCACUCCAAAUUGCCUACCUUCCUUCUAUCCCAAACUGUCUCCUAUGUUCGCAUUUAUUCCCACUACAAAACACACGACGACUACUACCGACUACAUUCAAAAACGACAUAUAGGUAAAGACACUCGUCGGUAAGCAGUAAAAUUGAAAAUCAAGUUAAAUACUAAAGUACACUUUAAUAAUAACGCCUUCACUACAAUUGUAGUGUUAAUAUUCCUAAUCAAAAUAAUCUUGUGAAUUCUGAAAUUUAAUAAACGCAAAGAUUCACAACAAUGUCUAACAGUUAUAGUUCGUCAAGCAACUCUCGAUCUGAAGUAUAAAUUAAAAACUCCAUCAGUCUUCAGUCUUACGGUUACGUUCGUUAAAACUGAACACCGCCUGUAGCGGAAAGUUAUAACCAUUGAGUAGUACAUACAUGUUCUUUUUUUUCUCUGGGAUACUUUUACAGUUUUUCCCAUGUCAUGAAAACACCCUUGCGUCCCAAUGUCAUGCAGUUUAGCAAUUUCUUUUUCGGUGACGGAUGAUGAUAAGAACUGCGAUUUUGUUGCGUCUAAUGAUUAGAAAAGGGAAAAGAUAUAGUUCUUAAAGCUUAUUCUUACCAUGCGCUGACUUUUUGACUCUUAUGUGAUACGUCUGAACUAAUGAAGUGUGUGUUGUAAACCAUGAUGUUAUUGCUUGCCAAUGAAUGUCCCUAACCAUAUGUCGUUUUUGAAUGUAGUCGGUAGUAGUCGUCGUGUGUUUUGUAGUGGGAAUAAAUGCGAACAUAGGAGACAGUUUGGGAUAGAAGGAAGGUAGGCAAUUUGGAGUGCGAUUAAGCGAAAGGUGUACAAUUCUGCGACAUUUCAAAAAUAGAGUGACAACGAGUUGGAGUUUCACGUUAUUUCAUCAAGGCAGGUGAAAAAGGAGACUUUUGGGUUCGUUUCUCAUUUUACUGACAGAAUUUUUUUGAUUUCCUUUUUUGAUUGCUUCGGUUAAUAUGGAAAAUUAGUAGUUUUACCCAUGAGCUGUUUUUCUCACUGUCAUUAUUCUCCUACAGCUACUUCAGUCAUUUCAAAGUACGAAGUUUUGGCUUCGUUCGUAUUUGUCUUAUUGCUCGCACUCAUCAAACAGCAUUCACAUAUGGAUGACACAUGCAGUAUUGUUAUUGAGGAUUUGGCAAAUACACAUAACGUGAAACCGGAAUCAGUGGAAACAUGGUUAGCACCAUUUGGUGUUGUUAAAUCUAUAUCUAUUUACCGACGUGUGAUCUUCGUGGAGUUCGAAAGUCCUUCAGCGGCGGAAAAUGUCAUAACUAGUGAAAAUGGGAAGAUGUUUCAGAAUAGUUAUGUGUCCAUACGAAGUCCACAACCAUGGGACUUGAUGGUUGCUGGAGAUCUUGUUACUAAAUACGAGGUGCCAACUUCAUCUGAAGCCAAUAAAGAAGCUGAAGUGGAAGUAAAAGACGAAAAUGCAUCUAAUGGCAAUGUUCAUACGGAGGUUGAGGAGGUAAAAAAAUUAAUCACACAUAUAAAAUAUUUGGAUAAAGAUGAACUCUGGACGUUGUAUAAUGCAUUACAAGAUAUGCGAAAUGAAAGGGGAGCGAAGACUAAAGUUAAAACUCUUCCUUCUGGUCGACCUUGGCUUGAUUCAAUAGGCAAAACUCUAUUCACUGAAAGGACUGAAACAUUGCACAAAUUAGAAUUAGAAGAUAGUAAAAUAAAUCGUCGUCGUUUUAUUCAAUGUGACAAACUAUACACUGAAGCCAGUAACGAAUGUGAAAAAGCAUGGUUCAAUAUAAUUGACCAAGAAAUUAGUACGUGUAAUGCUCCUAUACUUCCGGAGGAUAUGAACAACAUAUCGUUCCCACCAAUAGUAGCAGCCCCUCAACCUCAGAUAAAUGGGCCUGUAUAUGAUUCCACAGGAUUUCUGAUGCCAUAUCCCAAUCAUUUUCCUUCAGAUACUUGCUCUAAUGAAUAUUCUGCUGUAUAAUAUAUGCUUAACCAAAUAUAUACAUACUUUAAAAAUAA